UUCCACGAGGAAAGCGAGCUGCUCUGUAUCCGAAGCGACCGGCCUUUUUAAAGAUCAACUGUGCAGUUUAACAACUGUUUUAGGGGUGUUUAUGGUGUAGGCACGAAGGGUUGGAAGCCGUAUUUUCCAUUUUCCUGCAGUAAUGGGACGUAAGGAAGCUACGAAAACGUGACGAAAUAGCUGUCAGAAGCACCGAAGCCGAGAAAACAGCUCUUGCGGGAUCAGAAUUUGUGAAAGAGGGGUUUCCUCGGUGCUCCGAGCAAGGCGUGAGAGGAAAAUGAAGAACAGAGGGGGGUAUUUUGUUGAUAACAGACUCAAACAGAGAGUGAAGGAGUACUUGAGCAGUCGCGGGAGUCCCUAUGUUGACCUGGCGGCCGCGGCGGCGGAGCUGCAGAGGAUGUACAGCACAGAGUAUGGGCGGCGGAAAAGAAACGCGUUCCGGAUCCAGAUUGAGAAGGUGUAUGCUGCAAUAUGUAAUGAGACAGACAUCACAGCCCUAGAGAACGAGCAUCUGGCAAAGAGAGCCAGGCACAGCCAGCAAGCCGAUGGGGAGGACAAGAGCUUCACGGAUGACACAACUGAUACUGAAGAUGAUCAGCUUGAACACCCGCCCGCCAACCACAUGAACAGCUCUCUGCUGUCUCUGUACCGGAAGGGCACUCCAGAGCGUGGCACUCCGGUGUCCAGGGAGCUGGCGGGAGACAGCCCUGCUCCCGCUCUCCAGGAGCUGGAGCUGCCCCUGCUGAAGGUGUCUGCCCCAGAGCUGGUGUCGGGCGUGUCGGGGGAGUCGGAGCAGAAACUACGGGACCUCUUCGACCAGGCUGUGAGCAGCGCGCCCUGUAUCCUGUUCAUCGACGAGAUCGACGCCAUCACCCCAAAGAGAGAGGUGGCGUCCAAGGACAUGGAGCGCAGGAUUGUGGCCCAGCUGCUCACCUGCAUGGAUGAUCUCGGGAGCCUGUCAGUCCCGGCGCAGGUCCUGGUCAUCGGCGCCACGAACCGCCCCGACUCCCUGGACCCUGCCCUGCGCCGAGCGGGGCGCUUCGACAAGGAGAUCUGCCUGGGAAUCCCAGACGAGGGAGCCAGGCUCAGGAUUCUGCAGACUCUGUGCCGGAAGCUCAGGCUCCCAGAGGCCUUUGACCUGCAGGCCCUGGCUCACCUCACCCCGGGCUACGUGGGCGCGGACCUGAUGGCCCUGUGCAGGGAGGCAGCUAUGACCGCCAUCAACCGGAUCCUGAUUGAGAUGCAGGACGGGGACAAGCCGACACAGGAGGCAGAGGGACAGGGGCAGGCAGACGGCAGCUGUACCGAGGGGGCAAGCGUGCAGCCUCAGCACAAGGACAUGUCAGCAGAGGCAGAGCUGUGCCGGCUCCUGGCUCUGCUGAAGAGUGACAGUGUGCUGAGCGAGGAGCAGCUGGGCCAGCUGACGAUCGAGAUGGACGACUUCAGGGCCUCGCUGUCCUCCGUGCAGCCCUCCGCCAAGAGAGAGGGCUUCGCGACCGUGCCCGACGUCACCUGGGCCGAUAUCGGAGCGCUGCAGGACGUGCGCGAGGAGCUCACCAUGGCCAUCCUGGCCCCAGUGCGCAACCCGGAGCAGUUCAGAGCCCUGGGCCUCAGUGCCCCCGCGGGAGUCCUGCUGGCCGGACCGCCGGGCUGUGGCAAGACCCUGCUGGCCAAGGCAGUUGCCAAUGAGUCUGGUCUGAACUUCAUUUCUGUCAAGGGCCCUGAAUUGUUAAACAUGUACGUGGGCGAGAGCGAGCGUGCCGUCCGCCAGGUGUUCCAGAGAGGGAGGAACUCCGCCCCCUGCGUCAUCUUCUUUGACGAAAUAGACGCCCUUUGUCCGCGCCGCUCCGACCACGAGUCCGGCGCCAGCGUGCGCGUUGUCAACCAGCUGCUCACGGAGAUGGACGGUUUGGAGGCACGCAAGCAGGUCUUCAUCAUGGCUGCCACCAACAGGCCAGAUAUCAUUGACCCCGCGGUCCUUCGGCCAGGUCGCCUGGACAAGACGCUGUACGUGGGCCUGCCGCCCGCUGCGGACCGGCUCGCCAUCCUGCAGACGAUCACAAAGGGUGGGAAGAGGCCUCUGCUUGAAGAGGAUGUAAGCCUAGAGGAGAUCGCCUCCGACGAGCGCUGCGAUUGCUUCACGGGGGCUGAUCUGUCCGCGCUGGUGAGGGAGGCCUCCAUCAACGCGCUGCGGGUCCACCUGCCCCCCCGCCCCUCUGCUGCUGCUCCAGUGGUGGACAUCAGGGUCAGCAGACAGAACUUCCAGGACGCCCUCAAGAAGGUGAAGCCAUCCGUAUCGAAAAAGGACCAGCGCAUGUACGAGCUGCUGAAAGAGUCAUUAAGCCGCUGAGAGAGCCAAUAGUCCGAUCAGCUCGGGACAGGACUAGAGGGCCGAUCCAGUGCAGAGACCUUUGGAAUCGACACUUCCAGGAAAUAACAGCGGUGCUGGGGAUUCCCGUUUCCCUCAGCAUAAUAUAAUUAAAAAGCAUCACAGGAUCUGCACAAAAUCAUUCUACUGACUUGUGGUCACAUGGUGGAACUGCAAAGCAGAGCCCUAAGCCAUGGUGAGAUCCUAUCACACCGGUUACCAAGCCACUACCGGAAUGAACACAGGGUGACUGCCAACUAUUUUUCAACGUGUACAUGAAAAUACUCCUGUACCCUUUUCCAAAAUAAAAUCGGAAAAGAAGACUUUUCUAACAUGA